AUGAAGAACACAUCAUUCAAUGCCUGUUUUUUUGUUGGGCUUGCAGUCUCUGUAAUAGUGCAAACAGUCGGAAGAAAUAUGGAUUGUCCAAAGUUCUGCAUUUGUGAAAUCAGACCGUGGUUCACACCAAGAUCCAUUUAUAUGGAAGCUCCUACAACAGACUGCAAUGAUUUAAACUUCGUUUCACUUCCACAAAGAAUACCAGCUGAGACACAGGUUUUGCUACUACAGAGUAACAACAUUUCAAAAAUCGAGAACAGAAUAGACUAUUUGGUCAAUCUUACAGAGAUAGACUUAUCUCAAAACAAUUUUUUAGCAAUCUGUGACAUCAACCUAGGAAAAAUGCUUCAACUAAUGUCACUGCACAUGGAGGAAAACAAGCUCACUGAGUUGCCUGACAGCUGUUUGCUUGGACUUAGCAACCUGCAGGAACUCUAUGUUAAUCAUAACCAGAUUUCCAGCAUUGCAAUGGGAGCAUUUAUAGGUCUUGAUAACCUUCUCAGAUUGCAUCUUAAUUCUAACCAAUUGACGAUGAUUAAAAGUGACUGGUUUGAGGCUAUCCCAAGCUUGGAGAUUCUAACAAUAGGAGAAAAUCCCAUCACUAAAAUUCAAGAUAUGAGCUUCAAACCUCUCAUCAAUCUACGUAGUUUGGUCUUAGCCGGCAUUAAGCUCUCAGAAUUGGGGGACAAUACCUUAGUUGGCCUAAACAAUUUAGAAAGCAUCUCUUUUUAUGACAACAGACUUAUCACUGUGCCCCAUGCAGCUCUUCAGAAAGUCCCCAAUCUCAAAUUCUUGGAUUUGAAUAAAAAUCCUAUUCAGAGAAUACGACAAGGGGAUUUCAAAAAUAUGUUGCACUUGAAAGAGCUGGGCAUUAAUAAUAUGGCAGAACUGGUUUCUAUUGAUUGUCUUGCUCUUGAUAAUUUGCCUGAACUAACAAAAAUUGAAGCUACAAACAACCCAAAGCUAUCAUAUAUCCAUCCAAAUGCAUUCUACAGAGCUCCCCAACUUGAAACAUUAAUGCUUAACAGCAACGCACUAAGUGCUCUCUACAGGGGCACAGUGGAAUCUUUACCUAAACUGCAGGAAGUCAGCAUUCAUAGUAAUCCAAUCAGAUGUGACUGUGUCAUUCGCUGGAUUAACAUGAAUAAAACGCAUAUUCGAUUUAUGGAACUACAAUCUUUAUUUUGUUUCGACCCACCCGAAUUUAAAGGUCAGCAUGUCCGAGAGAUUCCUUUUCGAGAAAUGACAGAUAUGUGCCUUCCAUUAAUAGCUUCUGAAAGUUUCCCUUCUGAUCUAAAUUUAAACAGUGGGAGCUCAGCAUCUCUUCACUGUCGAGCUACAGGACAGCCAGAGCCUGAAAUCUACUGGAUCACACCAUCUGGCAAUAAACUUCUACCUAACACUGCAACUGAUAAAUAUAGCAUAUACCUUGAAGGAACAUUGGAUUUAUUUAAUAUAAGCAACAAGGAAGCAGGCUUGUACACUUGCGUAGCCCACAAUCUGGUUGGAGCAGAUUUGAAAACAGUUGUUAUAACAGUGAAUGGAUCAUUUGCACAAUCCAUGAAUGAAUCACUGAAUAUCAGAAUAAAAGAAGUGACAUCACAUUCUAUCCUAGUGUCCUGGAAGGCUGUUUCAAACAGUGUGUCAUCAAAUAUUAAAUGGUCUGCCAAAACAAAUUCUGACAACUCCCAACUUACUUAUACAGUCAGAGUUCCAACAGAUAUGCAUAUAUAUAACAUAACACAUCUGAACCCAUCAACUGAGUAUGAGGUAUGUGUUCAUGUAGCGAGCAUUCAUCAACAAACUGAAAAGAAAUGUGUCAAUGUCACAACAAAUGGUUUAGACCUAGCUGUAAAGUCAAGUGGACAAACUACAAUCUCAGCACUUGUGGCUGUCUUUGGUGCAGUCUUUGGUGUCAUUAGCAUGACAAGUCUCUACUCUUAUGUGACUUGGAAGAUGAAGUGUAAUUCCAACCACAGCUGUUUGGAAAAGUACAUGCUGAAUAAAGCAACAUUUCCAUCAAACAACUUUUACCCUCCUAUCAUCAAUCUUUGGAACACAGCAAAACUGAAGAAUGGGCCACUGGAAGUUAAAGCCACUGUAAUAGAUGUAUCAGCAAGCUGUUCAUAA